AUGAGGUGGGGCGAAAAUGAGACAUAUCAGUUUGUUAAAAUUUAUCUAAAUUGCGAGUGCCUAUGGAACUCCGAUCAUGAACAUUACAAAUUCAAAGAUAAAAGGCAGAAAGCGUAUCAAGCUAUAAUUGCUGAAUUUAUGUCUCGUACUGGUAUAAGGAUUAAUGAAAGCGAAUUGAAAAUAAAAAUUAGGAAUUUAAAAUCGACUUACUCACAAGAAAUUGCUAAAAUAAGGACAAGGUCUAGUCCUAAUUCGGAGUAUAUACCCACCAUCAAAUGGUUCGCAGACUGGCAUAGAUGUUUUAAGCAAAACUUGAAGAAAACUGUGGUAGAUGAGGAGCAAACUCAUACGGAUGAAUCAAAUAAUAAGGCAUGGAUUAUCAUGACUCAGUCAGAUGAUUCAGAAAAUGUAAAUAAUGAAGACGACCAUUCAGAAAUAUAUGCAUCAAACGCUGAUGAUGGAUACGGUGUAGUUUUGAAAUAUGAAACUUUAAAUGAUACAACUGAAUUGAACAGAAUAGAAAGACAAAAUUCAUUUAAAGAGAAAAGAAAAAAGAUCAACAUCCACAAUUCUAACACUGAUCAGUGUGACAGAAUCUAUAGAGGCAGUCUGGAUUCAAAUAUUGAAUCAGUAUCCAAAGAGGAUGAAUUUGAUAUUUAUGGAAGAUAUAUUGCAACACAGUUAAGGAAAAUGGAUUUACAGAGAGCAUUGAGACUUCAACUUGAAAUACAAAGCCUUGUCAGUGAAGCAAGAAUUGCAGACCUUCACUAA